CUCUUCCCUUGGCAACCACUUCCUCCGAGCUCCCAACGCGGCCAUCUUUAUUUAACUCAUUCAUGAAAAGUGUUUGUAAGACACUGGAACAUUGUUGCAUUUGGCUACGCAUCUAUCGAACCACUGGACAUAUUUAUACUGUUUUUGUAUCCGCGUGCUCCAGCGUGUGCUACAUCGUAGCGUAUUUCUGUCACAGCCAAAGUUGGACUGAAAGCGUACGUGUUUAUUAGUAAUAUCUAUGUAGCCGAGAAUACGUUUUCGUUAAUCAAUCAUCAGCCUCUAGUAAUUUCACCAGCGAGUCCGCAGUAAACAUAGUUAUUUGUAAAUAUGAAUAGAUGUGUAGCCGAGAGUAGAUGUGUACAGAAGGCGCGAUUACAAUGUUUCCUAGAACGAUGAUGGGCUCGUCUAUCCGUCUAUGUCCCCUUGACCCGAGGCUGCGAGACGUUACAAUGUAACCACAUGAUGAUGAUGAUGAUAAUGACGACGAUAUUCAGUCUGGACCUCGAGAUUGUGCUCGCGUUACAUUGUUAGAAUGAGAAAAAAGCAGAAUGUGAAACAGAGAAAGGCAGAAACAAUAAUAACACCAACACCAUUAACAACAACAACAACAACACUAUCAACAACAACAACAGCAGCAGCAGCAGCAGUGGUCCAGGAGUUUGUGGUUGAGAAGAUCAUCCAACGAAGGGUCUUCAAUGGAAGAGUAGAGUACUAUCUGAAGUGGAAAGGAUUCACUGAUGCUGACAACACCUGGGAACCAGAGGACAACUUGGUCUGUCCUGAACUGAUAGAAGAGUUCCUGAGAAACCUCUGUUUGUCUGGAGAGAAUCAGGUUGAGGAAGAGAACCUACGGCCGGUGGAACCAGAGCUAGUCCCCAAAGAGGAACUGGCAGAACAGGAGACUGAGAUUCAGAUGUACAGCGAGCAGAGACAUAAUGACCUCCAGGAACCUGCUGACCAGGAUUCUCCUACUGCCCUCACGUGUCCUCUGGAACCUGACCGCAUCAUCGGCUCUACAGACAGACACGGAGAACUCAUGUUCCUCAUCAAAUGGAAGAACCGUGACGAGGUGGCCCUGCUGUCAGCCAGGGAGGCCAGCGCCAGGUAUCCUGAGGUGGUUGUAGCCUUCUACGAGGACAAACUCACCUGGCAUUCUGGGGACGAGGACCAGUAAAGGAUGUGUGUGUGUCGUAGAGUGUGUGUGUGCAUGUGAGUACACAAGUAUGGAUGUGAACUGACAAGCAUCUGUAGGCAUCUCAUAGGUUAAUUUCUCCUCCAGCGAACCAAGGUCCUCCUUGAGCUGACAUUAAAAGCACAGUGUGUGAAACGAUGUCCUGCUGCAGGUAGAUUGAGUCAUGGUGGCAGGUGUAAAAGCCCUCUACGGGGUCUUCCUGCUUCCUGUGGUGCUGGGUGAGGUCACAAUGCCUUUGGGGUGUAGUGCAGCGUGUGGUGGAGUUCAGAACCGUUCAUAGAGACGUCUGUCUCUCUCUGUGGCCCUGAUUGAGUUGAAACUAAUGAAAUGAAGGCUGACAGCCGGUUCACACUGAUGAAUUCUCCCCUCAGUCUAUUGUACAACCUAACAACCCGAAGCUCUUUGUCAAAGCCUGACGAAGGGUGCGAGUAUCUCUGGAUUACUCGUGACUGGAUGUGUGUACACUACGUUUGAAGAGUUGAAACUAACCCUUAGCAUUCCUUUCCCAGUGUCUUCAUGUACUGCAGCAGACUGAAUCACUGUGGACACUGUGUUCUGUUUGACUACUGAUACUGUGGUCGUAGAACCCCAUGUGAUUGUAUUGGAGUUUAGUACUAGAUUUAGUUUGUUGUAUCUUCUGCCUCCGGGCCACCUUGGCCACAAGGCUCUCCCUCCGGCUCUUCCACUGUGAGAUAUCUGUGGUUUUAUUAGGUAUAGUAAUAUUGUAUAGUAAUGGGUUCACUGUGAGAUGACUGUGGUUUUAUUAGGUAUAGUAAUAUUGUAUAGUAAUGGGUUCACUGUGAGAUGUCUGUGGUUUUAUGAGGUAUAGUAAUAUUGUAUAGUAAUGGGUUCACUGUGAGAUGACUGUGGUUUUAUUAGGUAUAGUAAUAUUGUAUAGUAAUGGGUUCACUGUGAGAUGACUGUGGUUUUAUUAGGUAUAGUAAUAUUGUAUAGUAAUGGGUUCACUGUGAGAUGACUGUGGUUUUAUUAGGUAUAGUAAUAUUGUAUGAUAGUAGACGGUAUACUGUUUAAUGUAGAACAUGAUAGUAGACGGUAUGCUGUUUAAUGUAGAACAUGAUAGUAGACGGUAUACUGUUUAAUGUAGAACAUGAUAGUAGACGGUAUACUGUUUAAUGUAGAACAUGAUAGUAGACGGUAUACUGUUUAAUGUAGAACAUGAUAGUAGAUGGUAUACUGUUUAAUGUAGAACAUGAUAGUAGAUGGUAUACUGUUUAAUGUAGAACAUGAUAGUAGAUGGUAUACUGUUUAAUGUAGAACAUGAUAGUAGAUGGUAUACUGUUUAAUGUAGAACAUGAUAGUAGACGGUAUACUGUUUAAUGUAGAACAUGAUAGUAUAUGGUAUACUGUUUAAUGUAGAACAUGAUAGUAGACGGUAUACUGUUUAAUGUAGAACAUGAUAGUAGACGGUAUACUGUUUAAUGUAGAACAUGAUAGUAGAUGGUAUACUGUUUAAUGUAGAACAUGAUAGUAGAUGGUAUACUGUUUAAUGUAGAACGUGAUAGUAGACGGUAUACUGUUUAAUGUAGAACAUGAUAGUAGAUGGUAUACUGUUUAAUGUAGAACAUGAUAGUAGACGGUAUACUGUUUAAUGUAGAACAUGAUAGUAGACGGUAUACUGUUUAAUGUAGAACAUGAUAGUAGAUGGUAUACUGUUUAAUGUAGAACAUGAUAGUAGAUGGUAUACUGUUUAAUGUAGAACAUGAUAGUAGAUGGUAUACUGUUUAAUGUAGAACAUGAUAGUAGACGGUAUACUGUUUAAUGUAGAACAUGAUAGUAGAUGGUAUACUGUUUAAUGUAGAACACAGCCAGGGGUUCUAUUAGUGACCAUGAGGAUUUGAUGAGUUACUCUGAUCAAAAUGUGACGUCACAUAUGAAAAAAGUAUAUCUGAUGUGAUUAUGUUAAUUUUACCCAGUCACUGAUUGUUCUCAGCAACUCUUAACGCUAAAUGACUUAAAUGUAAAUGUAAAUGUAAUAUUUAUCCACCAACCUGUAUUUGUUACUGAUAAAUCAUUGUUUUGUUAAGGGGCCCAGAGUUAUAUAUGUUCAGGACAAACUCCAGUCCCUACACAGAACUGACUGACACUGUAUUCAUUGUGCAUCUCUCCCAUGACAGGAAUGUUAUGGAGCAAUGUCUGUAUCCCAAACAGAACCCUGCUUCCUUUGUAGUGCACUAUAUAGGGAAUGGUCUGCCAUUUGAGACUGCCAUUCUGUUGAACCUUUUGUUCUGGGCUGCCUUGAGUGAAUGAGUCACUGUACCUGUUGACCUUUGAUCUGUGAAGUGUCUGUCUGUGAAUAAAGGUAGCUGUCACCCUG